AUGAAUCACCAGGGUAAAGUGUCCCAGUAUCCGGCACAGCCGGGCCCAUCACAACCCCCUCCGGCACAAGCGGGCCCAUCACAACCGCCUCCGGCACAAGCGGGCCCAUCACAACCCCCUCCAGCGCAAGCAGGGCCAUCACAAUUCCCACUACCUCCAGGACUCCAAAUACCUCCAGGAUUCCAGCAACUACCGCCAGGAACCCCAUUACCGCCGGGACUAGAAUUACUCCCAGGGGCCUACAUACCAGGACAAAUGAAACAGCCAACAAAUCAGCCAGCAAAUCAGCCAGCAAAUCAGCCAGCAAAUCAGCCAGCAAAUCAGCCAGCAAAUCAGCCAGCAAAUCCCGAAACAUUUGUCGGACCUGGGACACCAUCCCACGAGUACGGAACAGCGGACACCUCACCAGGAGGAGGCUUUUUGAAUAUGGUGUACGAUCCGAUCGCAGGCGUACCAGUGCCAAUCAAAGGGCUAAAAUAUCCCAAUGUACUACCUCCCAAUCCACAACUUCCCAAUCUAGUAUUUCCCCAAGUACCGCUUCCUGGACCAUCCCAAAUGCCACAACUUCCCAAUGCAUCAAAUGCUGGACCAUCCCAAGUGCCACCAGUUCCUGAUGCACCAGUUUUUGGACCAGCCCAAGUGGCAAAGUUACGAGAUUUCGAACGAAUCCCGUUACCGACUAAGCCCUCCGGCUUCGUUGAAUACUAUCGGCAUCUCAAUUACCUCUUCUCUGCAUAUCGAGAGACAUUCGAAAAUCAAACCGACCUUCAUGGCAUCAAGCCUCCGCGGGAUGUGUGGCUGAACCACCCGUUUCCUUUGGCAGGCAACAACAAUGUUCGAGAUUACUAUGACAAGGUGGUCCGUGUGCCAUGGUCGCGGCAACUGCCAAUGGGCCACUACAGAUAUGGCCGUCCUCAUCGGCGGGAUAUGAAUUGGGACCGCCCAGGUCGACGCGAUCCGAAAAACGCGGAUAAGUUAAGGCACAGAUGGUAUCAAACGCGGGAGUUUUUCCGUGAUGAGCAGCCUCCAACAUUCAAGGUCAUCAAGGUGUUAGGGUACGGGGGGAAUGGUAUUGUGAUGAAGGUAGAGCAUCGCCUGAAUAUGUUCUUCCCACCCCGAGAGCUCAUAUUCAAGAUCAGUCUGAGAAGCUGGGAGGACGAGCACCUCCGAGAUGAGAUCAGAAUCAUGAGGAAACUGCGUCGAUCGGCCCAUACCAUGCAGUGGAUCGACCCAAGAGAGUUGAGUAUGAGAGAGGAAAGGCCAAUACCGUAUGACGGGAUAAACGAUGUAGAUUCGAGUGACGAAGACUUGGACAACAACCCCGACGAGGACGAUGACACAGCUAGUAUUCCAGAUGAGCCUCCGCCACCACGCCCCACGAGGAGGGAGAGAAUGGAAAAUGACCCCAUCGGGUUUCAAGAAAAGAUAGAUUUGCACGACGACUUGAUGCAGGAGCGACGUGCUAGUCGUCGAGAGAGAAGGGAAAACAAUAGUGCAUUGUGGGGUGACAUUAGCACUGUACCUUACAGACCCCCAGCGGCAUAUGACCCAGAUGACGCCUUCCACAAGGACUACAUCAUUUCCGAUUUCAUGUCAAACGGAGACUUGGCGUCGCUCAUCUGGAGGCUCCUCGAUCAAAACGAAACAACCAUCCCAAAUCGUGUCCUGUGGUCUUUCUGGCUUUGCCUGCUUAAGGCUUGUGUUGCCAUGGAAUAUCCCCCUAAAAAGUUCCACCCCGAAAGACGUAACUUGGUGGGCGAUCUUUCUGAAGCUGUUCCACCUGCCAGUCGCAGGUGGGCAGGUGAGCGGCUGGUUCAUUUCGAUAUUGAUCCAAAAAAUAUUCUUAUAGGGCACCUGGACCAUGCAGAUGGUGAACAUAGCUUGAUCCCCUGUUUAAAGUUAUCGGAUUUUGGACUCACCCACAAGAUAAAACCAAACAAGUCCAAUGAAUAUUAUGCCUACAAGCGUGACUGGGGAAAAUAUGCCUUUUAUGCCCCCGAACAAUUUGGACGCGACUGGGACUAUAUCGCACCCGGGGACGAAAGGGGCCCCGAGCUAUCGGAGUCAAGGGUCGCCGGGCACUACGGAGUGUGGACAAACUUAUGGGGGAUUGCACUUACUAUGUGGGUGCUCAUAACCAAAAGGAUGCCUCCCGUACCACCGCAGAUAUCUCGGUUCAAUAUGCUUGAGCCCGACGCACCCCCCAACUAUGGCAUAUUCCUCGACCACCCCAUGAGUCAUUAUGUCGACCUGGACUUGCGCAACGCGAUCACGUCGUGCAUGAAACACAGGCCCGAAGACCGGCCCGACAUCGCCGACCUAGUGCGUCAGGCGCAGGUUGGCACGGCCCGGGCGUACGAGGGCGAGACUGACGACAUGAUUCGAGGCUGGGUUCGAAAAUUGGGAGCCCCCCCGCGCACCCUUCCGCGUGCCACCUGGCCCACGUUCACCGCACACGGCGCGUACCCCAUCCCACAGCCCGGAGAACCCGGCUUGUACUACGGCCCGCCGCAACCCGGACAACCCGGCGCGUCGCAGCCCCCUCCCGCAGUGGCCGGCCCAUCCGGCACCCAGAACCAGCCCACCGUGUCGCAGCCGCCUCCCGCAGUGCCCGGGCCGUCCGGCACCCAGAACCAGCCCGAAGUGUCUACUGGUCUGAGCGGAGGCUUUAUGAACGUGAGCCUCGGCGACUCCUCCCCCGGCGAGUAUCUCAUCAGGGAUGACCCGGUCCCGCCUAGUCUCUGGCCGGAGCCCUCUAACAUCGUGCCGGCGGAACCGAGUCGUUUCCAUGUAGGGCUGAGGGGGUUGCAGAUGAGGAUGCGGGCGAAAGCUAGGUCGUUGAGGAAACGUGCGGAUAUCUUGAAGCGAAAGUUACCCUUGGUGUAG